AUGUGGAAACGAUUCCAGGGUCAUGGGCGCGAGAAGGAGAGGCCUACGCAGAUAGGCCACCCUGUGCUUCUUGAAACAACCUACGACGAAGAGCAGCUUAUGCGAAAUCCUAAUGUCGCCGAUCUAAAUUAUCGACUCAAUGCACCCUCUACACAGCACCAUCAUUCUUCCUCGCAGGACUCGAGAGUAUCCAACAUCCCUACUGUCUCUUCGGUCUAUUCUCGACCUUCAAACGAUCUAUCCUACUACUACGAGAAUUCCGCAGCAACACCACCUUCUGCAUACGAAGAAAUAUCACCACCAAGCUCACCGGAACCGGAGCAGCAACACAACUCCAGCUUGCCUCGAAGAUAUCGCUCGAUGCGCGACGUGUCACCAAUGGACGAGAAUCGUGGUGCAACACGUGCGAACAGCAACAUACCUGUGUUGCGCAAAGCAUCAGUCGCAGUGCAAACCGGUGAAGUCAAGUCUUCUUCGCAGAAGUUUUGGGGAGGCAAAGUCGCCCCUAACAGCAAAGUGAGAUGGGACGAAUACUCUGGCGAGCCGACGUCGAGCAACGCAGGCAGGGCCGGCUCGGUGAACCCACUCGUGUACGCGAAAGAGAACUUGCGGCCAAUGGGCUACCAAGUAUCGGUAUCAGGACCGGAAAGCAAAAAGAAGAACACAAGCUUCACAGAUCGCGUCGGACGAUUUGGUACGAAGCCUCCGCCGACUGAACCUACACAAGCCCCCGAGCCGUGGAGCCGCGCAACAGGCCGAGCAGAAAUCGCGCGACCUCUUAAGGACGAAACCACGAACCAAUCGCUACAGUUUUCAAGAAACCCAUCUACUCGAAAAGUGGAGGGGCUUGGUCUGGACAUGUCAAACGUUGUUGCGACAAUCACUAACCGCGUUGCAAUGGCAGCUGACGCUCGCCCUGUCGCAGAUAAUCCAAACAUCUCUGACGCGCAUAACGAGUUCAUCAAGCCUAUCGUUCCCCUCAAAGUUGACAGGAAAUCACCCACUUACGGUUUGACUUCGCCCACCACUCCUCAGAGCCACGGCCUUGGAAUCACAAACCCAUACUCUUAUCCCAGCCCCGUCACCCCAACAAAUGAGGAGCAGUCGCCAUCUUCAUUUGCGACUGCUGACAAUCAAAGCGAAGCCUCUGACACAGAGUCAUGGGAGCGCAAUCUCACGCCAAAGCAGAGCACGGUGUGGAACAAACCGGUCGAGCAAACACCAGAGAAGGACAAGGAAGCUUCGCACAGUCGCUUCUCAUGGACAACCUACAAUAGCACGACCACAUACCAGCAUUCACCACCGCCGUCCCCACCGCAGCCAAUGCCAGCUCUGAAUAAUGUCGCAAAAGCCAGGGUGGCGACAGAGCCUGCGUCAGCUGCUUCCUCGGUUCUGAAUCGCCGCCGUCCUGUUCCUCAGGCAGACAAGAUCCCAGAUACACCGCCUGCUCGCAAACCGGUCCCUGCUGCUAGAUCUCCAGUCGGCACAAAGACUCGUACGGCGGCUCUUGCUAUUCCAACUUCGCCGCGUCCAGACUCUACGAUCUCAACGUCAACCACAGGUACGCAGAAGGCACUGCCGCAACCCCCCACGACUCUGUCUGCAAACGACCACGUAUCUUUUCUUGAGUCUCAGGUGGAGGACUUGCGCGUUCGUCGCUCGAACGUGUACCGAGUGCUUAAGGAUUUGAACUCUGCUGCGCCUUCAAACCCCAUGUUGACAGACUUCAAGACCGCAAGGUUGAUGGAGCAAAAGAAGAAGGCGCUCGAAGACGAGCUGGCGGAGAUCAAGAUUGAGGGGCACGACAUUGGCCUGAAGCUGCAUCGUGCUUUGCGUAAGAGGGAAAAGGACGAUCCCAACUCCGGUUCAGCGCUGUGGAUCAGGCGAGUUACGGGGUAA